GAGGCGGCCGCCAUUGGCACCAGCGCCCACCGAGCGUGUGGAGGUGUGGCGGGGCCUGAACGGUGGGACAGUCGCUGAGUGUCGCAGGGGGCGACCGAGGAGCGGACUGACGCAUCGUGGGCGUGGGAGGCCGAGUGUCCGCACACCGAAGUCCCGGGACAGGCGCAUCGCGGCGACUUCGGCGUGAGCGUCUGCGUGGCACCUCGCAGACCCUCCCGGAGCGCCCGCACCCGAGCACGAGGCGCUCCAGUGCGCGUGCGCGACCGGGGUCUUCCCGCACCUGCUCGCGAGACCCCAACGGCCCCCAGCUCGAAGCGUCGCCUGGGCGGCCUGGUGGAGCCGGUCAUGGCGCAGCUGUGUGGGCCCGGGCGCUGCUGGGCGCUCCUCGCGCUGCUGGCCUCGCUGCUCGUCUUCUGGGCUAACGCGGCCGACGGAGAGCGUGGCGUCCACGAGUUUUGCCGAGUUUCAAAGAUCGUGGGGACAUGCCGGGCCUCCAUCCCUAGGUGGUGGUACAACGUCACUGACAGAUCCUGCCAGCAGUUUGUGUAUGGAGGCUGUGAAGGGAAUGACAAUAAUUACCUGACCAAGGAGGACUGUCUUGGGAGAUGUGCUGGUGUCACAGAGAACACCGCUGAUGUUCUGGCCACCAGCAGGACUGGAGCAGAUUCCUCUGGCCCAAGUGUUCCCAGAAGGCAGGAUUCUGAUGACCUCUCCAGCGAUAUUUUCGACUACGAAGAACACUGCACUGCCAAGGCAGUCACAGGGCCUUGCCGUGCAGCCUUCCAACGCUGGUACUUCAACGCCGAGAAGAACUCCUGUGAUAAGUUCAUCUACGGAGGGUGCCGGGGCAAUAAAAACAGCUACCUCUCCAAGGAGGAAUGCAUGCGCCAAUGCUUUGGCAAGCAGUUGUAUCCUGCUCUGCUCCAGAGCACUAAAGUGGUGCUGGCGGGGCUGUUCCUGAUGGUCCUGAUCCUCCUGCUGGGAGCCUCGGUGGUCUGCCUGAUCAGGGUGGCGGGAAGGAACCAGGAGCGGGCCCUCCGCACCGUCUGGACCUCUGAGGACGACAAGGAGCACCUGGUGAAGAACACAUACGUCCUGUGAACGCCCCGUCGCCCAGAGGCUGCCCCUGCUCAGAACCUGUGGUGAAGAGAACCUGGGCAGGGAGGGCAGACGACCGCAGAAUGUGUGCGUGCUUGGUAAAUUAGCGAUUGAUUUGUAUCUGUGCGAUCAUUAGGGCUUUGGUCCGUUGUUACCCCGGAAGGUGAGAGGGCUGCUUCCUGGUCUCCGGGUGGGUGUGCUCUGGAAUCCCUCUUAGAGAAGGGCUCUGUUCCCCCCUCACUGGUCUGGCCCUGGACAGACCCGUUUCCUCUGCAGUUUAUUUCUUUCUCCAGGUGUAAUUUCUUUUGCUUAUGUUGAAUCCUCUUACCUCCUUUCCCAUCACAGAAGUGAUAUUUUAAUAGUUUCCUUUGUUUGUUUGAUUUGUGGGUUUUUUUAAGUAAGCAGAAAUAAGUUUUUUUUAUUAGGAUUCUGAAAGGAAGAGAGUAAAAUACACAAGUUCAAUAAAAAGGGCCUUCCGUUUUAAAAUAAA